CUUGGUUCUUGACACUGGACAGUUCCGAGUUGGCUCCUUCUGCCUCAGUACCUUCAUAAUAUGUCUGCCUUCAUGAACACUGGCUUCACCUGCAAUUUUCUACUGCCGAGGAAAAUUACGCUUCUAGUGCAUUAGUACUAAGGUUUAUCUUGGAGUCAACCUGAAGUGACCUCACUGAGCUCUAAACUGGAACCGUCGAUUGGAACGCAGAUGUGAUGCUUGCUACGGUCUUUCUCUUCGUCCGCUGUCCCGGACGGUCCCAAGAAUUAGCCUUCCUUUUCAAUUGAAUGGGCCGAAAUUUUUCGUUGAGAUCGCGCAAUUGUUGCCUCAGGAGUCUGACACGUCGCAAACUUUGCAAAACUCGCACCAUACCCCGCAAACCCGUAAACGUAUAAAAUCUCGUUCAGCGCUCCUUUUCUCCCUACAUCCUAUUAUGAGCCUUACAUUUGCCCAUCCACCUCAUCCGUCAGAGGCGCUGCAGCGCUCGCCUCCACUAACCCUGGCACUUCAUGGGGCCGAAGAAACUACAAAAGACCCUCACACAUUCCCUACUUUUGACGACAAAAGCCUCACGUCACCACAGUCGCCUGUGCUCUAUCUACCUCCCCUUCUCUCCUCCCUACCUGAGCGGCUAGAACUACCACCCCCCAUACCCUCCGACACACCCCCUCUUGUCACAGAAACACGUCUCCCUGACAUUGAUCCUGCGUCUCUUUCUCUUCACAAAGCUCUGCAUCAUUUCCGACCCAUAGUCUCUAAUUACGCCGCGACCCCGUACGCGGAAGCUUUCAACUGGUCUACUUUGCGACUCCCGAAAGACGAAGAACGAGAGUGGUAUUGCGUCGUUUUCAGGAGCAAACGAAAACCAGGCAGCGAUGGCGGUUCUCUUUACGAUGCCGACAAAAAAGCUCAUGAUGAGGCCAUUCGGAACGGUGGUUUAAUACUUUAUUGGUACGGGAUACCCAACCAGGAGACGGGAAUGAACCUUGCGACCUGCAUUUGGCAAAGCCGGAAACACGCUAUUGCAGCAAAUUCACGGCCCCAUCAUAUACAAGCCAUGAAACUUGCGGCUGAGUCAUACGAAAUAUACCAUUUAGAACGAUAUAUCCUACGAAAGGUGGCCGGUGAGGCGGGUGUAACAAUCCAACCGUACCAAUCAGGGGAGGUUGGAUGGUGAUUUGUGUACUUUUUGGAUCUUGCUCUUGCUUUCGUUGUUGUUUGCGUUUACUACCUGCUGUUGUCAAUAUCUAUUCCUCGAGUGUUAUACCGCAAGUUGGCAUUAAUCUGAAAGUCCAAAAGGUUGCC